UGGCCAUGGAGGUUGGUGGGCGAAGUCCUCCAUCUCUCCAUCUCUCCAUCUCCAACAACCAAGCUCCAUCGUUUGCCGCUCCUUCUUCAGACCCUUCUUCUCCUUCUCCUUCUCCUCUUCCUUUAGUUGUUGUUUCUACUUUCAAUCAUGUCCAUUGGAGCCAUCACCUGCAAAGCUGCGGUGGCUUGGGGACCAGGCGAGCCACUGAUUAUUGAGGAGGUGCUGGUUGACCCACCAAAGGCGAUGGAGAUCCGAAUUAAGGUUGUCUGCACCUCUCUGUGCCGCAGUGAUGUUACCCAGUGGGAAUCCAAGGGGCAACCUGCUAUAUUUCCUCGAAUUUUUGGUCAUGAGGCAUCUGCGAUUGUUGAAAGCAUUGGAGAAGGUGUAUCUGAAUUUGAGGUGGGAGAUCAUGUUCUAACUUUAUUCACGGGGGAGUGUAAAAUCUGCAAGCAUUGUGUUUCCGAGAAAAGCAACAUGUGCCAGGCAUUGGGAUUGGAAAGAAAGGGUGUUAUGCACUCUGAUCAAAUGACUCGGUUCUCAAAAAAAGGGAAGCCUGUAUAUCAUUAUUGUGCAGUUUCAAGCUUUAGUGAGUACACCGUAGUCCAUUCUGGUUGUGCAGUUAAAAUCAGCAAAACUGCUCCGAUGGAUAGGGUGUGUCUUCUCAGUUGUGGAGUAGCUGCAGGACUUGGUGCUGUUUGGAAAGUUGCUGACAUAUUCAAGGGGUCGAAAGUUGUUAUUUUUGGCCUUGGAACUGUAGGCCUCUCGGUGGCACUUGGUGCAAAACUAAGGGAGGCUUCCCAAAUCAUUGGAGUGGAUACUAAUCCUCAAAAAUUUGAGAAGGGAAAAGCUUUUGGCGUUACAGAUUUCAUCAAUCCAGAAGACUGCAGUGAACCUAUAUUUCAGGUUAUUAAACAAAUGACUGAUGGAGGUGCAGAUUUCUCCUUUGAAUGUGUUGGUGAAACUGAAGUUGUUUCGACCGCAUUGAAGUCAUGCUCUGAUGGUUGGGGAGUGACAGUGACCUUGGGUGUCCCAAAGACGAACCCUGAGAUCUCAGCUCAUUAUGGUUUGCUUCUUUCAGGAAGAACUUUGAGAGGUUCUUUAUAUGGAGGAUGGAAACCAAAAUCUGAUUUGCCAUCAUUAGUUGACAAGUUAUUGAGAAAGGAAAUUACUGUCGAUGAUCUCGUCACGCAUGACAUUCCGUUCGACGAUAUAAACGAAGCCUUUCGCUUGAUGAAGGAGGGUAAAUGCUUAAGAUGUGUCAUCCAUAUGGCUAAAUAAUUUUUGGCUUUUCAUACAAUUGUGUUCUUGCCAAGCUUAUUAUCAUUGUUUAAUAAACAUUGGUUAAAUAUACUUAUUUUUGUACUAAUUCUAAGUUUAAAUGGUCCAAAUAAAUACUUCAACCAAUAAUUGUUGUUUUAGAAUAAUUUGUUGUAUUAUUAUUCAGUGACUUGUUGGAGAAUUAAAAUCAUUUUUUUUA